CUAAACUGCAUAGGAUGAUGCUGCUGGCGUUUGCCUGCCUUAUUAGCUCUCUUCGAGCGUUUGCACCGGGAGGUCCACCGUCGUUUCCAAUUCCGCCACAGGCCUUGGAAGAUCUUAGAAGACUACAUACUGAUCCUAGUCUCACUAAGCAACAAUUUGAAGAAGCCUUGGCACAAUGGGCGGAACAAUAUGGAUUGACCAACCAAUAUGCGGCCUACAAAAAAUUGCUGGAAGAGCAAACAUCAGCAGCAGAGCGUGAACUGGACGAAGCUAUACAAAAUUUACCGUAUAUUAUUGAAGAGCUUAGACAGAUCGAAAAUGAUAAUGCACUCACCAUGCUGCAGGCGUCGCAAAGAGAAAUGGAAAUUAUAAACAGACUAACACCAAAGCAGCAGCGGCUUUUGAGGUCCGCAGGACACAUCUUUGCUCUAGCUUAUCUUCAACCGAGACCAGGUCCAGGAGGUGUCAGACCGGGACCGUUCGGACCAGGACCUUACGGACCUGGACCAUUUGGUCCUGGGCCUUAUGGACCUGAUCCAUAUGGACCUGGACCACGCAGACCUGGACCACACGGACCUGGACCACGGGGGCCUGGGCCUUGGGGUCCACGUGGACCGCGAGGAUUUUGAAGCUAAGAGGCCUUUGCUAAUUUCCUUCCUCUUUCGGCUUACUCGCAAUUUCGUUUACGCUGUGAUCGUAGUCAUCGAAAUGAAGUAUGCAAAUAAAA